AUGCUCCCGCUGCGCGGGGCUGCGCUCCUGCUGCUGUUCUGCGCCACCGCCUGCUGGGCGCAGGAGGGGUGCGUUUGCACAAAAAACAAGCGUGUCACCAACUGUGUGAAGACGGAAGGCAUUUGCCGGUGUGAGUCCAUCGGGUCCCGUGUAACUGUAGAAUGUGACACACUGACUUCAAAAUGCCUGUUGAUGAAAGCAGAAAUGACAGGUUCAAAAGCAGGUCGUCGUGAGAAACCGAAAGAGGCGUUUGAAGAUACUGAUGGCCUUUAUGAUCCUGACUGUGAAAAUAAUGGCAUGUUCAAGGCAAAGCAAUGCAAUGGAACCUCCUGCUGGUGUGUGAAUACAGCUGGUGUUAGAAGAACUGACAAACAUGACACUAACUUGAAAUGCAACCAGCUAGUCAGAACAACGUGGAUCAUCAUUGAAAUGAAACAUGGUGAGAGAAAAGCUCCUCUGAACACGGAGUCUUUAAAGAAAGCCCUUGUGGAAACAAUUACCAGUCGUUACAUGUUGGAUGGACGCUAUAUAGGUGAUAUUGUGUAUGAAAACCCUUACAUUACUGUUGAUCUGAAGCAAAAUACCUCAGGCAAAUCUCCUGGAGAUGUGGAUAUAGCUGAUGUGGCUUACUACUUUGAAAAAGAUGUAAAAGGUGACUCCAUCUUUCACAAUGACAGAUUAAACAUCAGUAUUGAUAAUGAAAUGCUGCGUUUUGAGAAGACAGUGGUUUACUAUGUAGAUGAAGUAGCACCAGAGUUCUCCAUGAAGUCACUGACUCCUGGUGUUAUUGCUGUCAUUGUAGUAGUAAUACUAGCAAUAGUUGCUGGAAUUGUUGUACUGGUCUGUACAAGACGAAGGAAAGGGAAGUACGUGAAAGCAGAGGUAAAGGAAAUGAAUGAAAUGCAUAGAGGAUUGAAUGCAUAACUGCAUUAACUGAAGACACCAAGAUUUGAACAAGAAGACGAGAAAUACUGGAGGCAUGGAUCUUAAUUCUUAAAGGACCCCUGUAAGAAAAGGGAAUGUGUUCACUUAAUGAUCGUUAAAACUCUAACGAAGCCUAAGCUGGCAACCAUCCUACUAUUGCUAUUUGUUCGACAGUUGAAUUUUAAAAGCCUCGUUUUGCUCAAGUCAGACUUAACUAUCCAUGAUUUUAUGAUGAUGAUAAAACAAGUUUGACAACUGCUGUUACUAGGAUUUUGGAACGUACAUGGUUAAAUGUGUAACCCUGUGGGAAUUUUCUUGAAAACAUUCUGAUUUUUGUAGCUGUGUCAUAACAGGACCAUUUGCCUGGCUCAUGUAUAAUUGAACAUGGCUUUGUUUUUAUGGCUGUUUGUACAUAUUUGAACUUGCUGUAACUUUUUUAUGACUUGAAUUAAUAAAACAUUGAAACAGGCUUUUAAUUCUUCUACUGCAUUGUUUUGAUGAUACCUGAUCAACUGUGAUACUUAAAGUUCAGCAGCCUUACCAUCAGUGAAGAUUAUAGCCUAGAAAUCCGAGUAAGGAGCAGUUUGUAUUGGACGUCUUCUCUCUCUGCAGUCUGACUUCUCCUGAAGUUGUGAAGUGUGCUUUAUCUCAUAUCCCAUUUUUAAUGUGUGACAGGAGUAAAAAUGAUAAAAUGGAUUGUUUAUA